CGCUUUCUUCCGCACCGAUCGCCGAAAAACGCCUAGCAUCCAGCGCCCAACCACAGCGAGCGCUUCAUGCUGCUGCCCCGCCUCUGCAGCCGCCUCCGUCUGUCUCGCCAAGCCCCCUCCAUUGCAAGCCCGUAUCGGCCGCUCAUGUCUGCACCAUCCAGCGAGCACGAGAGCCUCGACGAUAUCAAGGCCAAUCUCGCCCAGGUCCAGGAGCGGGUGACGAGUCUGGCUGGAGGACGAGAUGUCUGUCUGGUCGCCGUCAGCAAAACGAAACCGUCGUCGGAUAUUCGAGCGGCCUACGAGACUGGGCAUCGUCACUUUGGAGAAAACAUUCAGGAACUUGUUAGCAAAGCCAACGAGCUCCCCGAUGACAUCCAAUGGCAUUUUAUCGGAUCGCUCCAGUCCAACAAGUGCAAGCUCCUCGCAUCCAUUCCGAAUCUGUACAUGGUCGAGACGAUUGAUGGUACCAAGAAAGCGGAUGCCAUGAACAAAGCGUGUGCCGGCCGACCCUAUCCACUGCGAGUGAUGAUCCAAGUCAACACCAGCGGCGAGGACACCAAGAGUGGAGUCCAUCCCCAGGAAAUCGUUGAAGCUGCCAAGCACAUCAUCAGCAACUGCGACAAGCUGCAGCUGGAGGGCCUCAUGACGAUUGGGUCACCUGGCUGGAGCCCCGAGGCUGGGCCCAACCCAGAUUUUGUGCUCUUGGGAAGGUGCAAAUCCGAAAUCGAGCAGCAACUGCAGCUCGAUCGCCCUCUUGGCCUGAGUAUGGGCAUGUCGGACGACUUUGAGCAUGCCAUCGCCCUGGGAUCUACCAACGUGCGAGUUGGAAGCAUCAUAUUUGGCAAGCGCUUCUACCCAUCCAAAUCUUAGAUCAUGCGGAUGGGACGCCAAGGACGCUCUGUCCAGCUCAAAUCCGAAAUAAAGGUAGUAUAUUCACUGGUCGCAUUGGGUCGACCCAGGAGUUUACCGAUGUGUUCGAGGCGGCGGCGAAGUAGGUAUCCCUGAAUACGUUCCUGCGAGUGUUCUUUGUAUACCCACAAGUCUCCAAGGCAGAGCUCUGGGCUCGACUUGCCGCAUCGGCGGUCGAGGAUAUGCAGACUAUCCCAUGGUUUACGAAGACAAUGUCAAGGUUUCAAGAACCUCGGACGCUGCGUUGUGAGGCCACUUGCUCCAGUCGUCACUCGUGGCAUCUUCCAACCCUACCUGUACAGGAAUGCGAAAUCCAUGGUGCUUAGCAGCCAUUUACGAGCUAUGCUGCACACUGGGCGGGCGACAACUGGUUGGGUAGAACAAUGACGGCUCAGG